AUGAGGAACCCGAGUCUGGCCUUCUUCGACGCCUCUGCUCCUAUAGGGGGUUAUGUGGGUGGCUUUAUCGCCGGAGAAUUCAUCGAACGUGCAUCCUUGAUGUGGAUGUUGGUGUUCAUUGCCGCUGUCAGCUUGGUGGUCACGGUGGCCUUAUGGGCUCUUCUUCCACGAGAAGUCUCUGUUGAUCAUGGCGAGAAGCUAGACUGGAUUUGA